CCGGUGGGACCAAACAUGGGGCAACCCUCUACCUUUGACAAGAUGAAGAUGGGCGCGAUGAUGGGAGGAACUGUUGGAGUGAUCAUUGGGUUUAUCUUUGGUUCAGUCAACAUCAUGAGAUACGGCGCGGGGCCUAAUGGGGUGAUGAGAAGCCUUGGGCAAUAUAUGCUUGGUUCUGGAGCAACUUUCGGGUAA